AUCUGUGAAAACAAGCUAUCUCAAAUGGCACUGCCGUCAACAAGGGCUAUUACCAGCUCGGCUCAAGCUUUGGACCUCAUCCCCAUCGUAAACGCCAUAACCUCCCUUCUCCAAGCCUUGAACCCCAUAACCCCAAACCCUAAAAACCUCAGUUCAGCCCCUCUAAACCGCUUCUCCCCUUUCCUAGACCCAAACUUAGUCACCCUCGUCAUCACCAAACAAACCAACCCUUACCACGCUCUGUUCUUCUUCAACUGGGCAUCAAACCCAAACCCCAAAAACUACACCCACAAUCUCAGAUGCUAUGAAGCCAUCACAAACCUCCUCUUUCACCACUCAUUAUUCCACCCCGCCAUCAAACUUCUUAAGAAAUCCCAAAACCUCUCGGAUUUCUUCAUCGGCAAAAUCAUCAAGGCGUAUGGGGAUAAAGGGAACAUCAAAGCUGCAAUCUUUUGGUUUAACCAAGCAAAAUCAAUCGAGAAAGAUAAGUACUUGUAUUCAUUUAACUCGAUUCUGGGUGUUUUAGUUAAGGCUAACAUGAUCGAUUUACUCGAAUCCUUGUUUGAUAAUGUUGUGAAGGAAGGUGGGUUUCAACCCGAUGUGUCUUCGUAUACUAUACUGAUAAGGGGUUUGUGUAAGAAAGGGAUGGUUAAGAGUGCACGGAAGGUGUUCGAUGAAAUGCCUUGCAAGCCGAAUUCGUUUACUUUUAACACUUUGAUUAAUGGGUUUUGUAAGAAGGGUGAUAUGGAGAGUGCAAGUUUGAUUUUCGAUAAGAUGAUGACUGAGGUGGAUUGCUUGCCUGAAGUUGUAACUUACACUACCAUGAUCGAUGGAUAUUGCAGAAAAGGAGAAUUCGUCGAGGCAAAUAAGUUUUUGAACAAGAUGGUGAAAGGGGGUUGCUCACCUAAUUUGUUAACUUAUAAUGCUAUUAUAUAUGGUUUGUGUCUUAGAGGGAAAGUCGACGAGGCUAAGACGAUGAUGUCCGAGAUGAGGUUGAAUGGAGUGAAGGAUAAUGCUGCAACUCAUUUGAACAUAUUGAAAGGGCUUUGUAUUGCAGGGAGGUCUACAGAAGCCAUUGAAUAUUUCAGGUGGAUGGUUAAUUGCAAUAUGGAUUUGGAUGCAAAAGCAUAUACUGUUGUUGUGAAUGAGUAUUGCAAAUUGAGGAAGAUUGAUGAAGCGGUUUCCCUUUUGAAGGGAAUGUGCGGGAGAGGCAUUAGUCCAAAUGUAAGUUCGUUCAAUUCGGUGUUUCGGACACUCAUGGAGUUGAGUGAGCUCGAUAGAGCUGUUUUGCUUCUACAACAGAUGCCCCGAAUGGGUUGCUCGCCGAAUCAUGUGUCAUAUAGUACUGUCAUAUGCAGUCUUUGUCGGACCGGAGGUAGGAUGCGAGAGGUCGGAUAUCUGAUCGAUGACAUGCUUCGAAAUGGUAUUAACAUCGAUGCCACCAUGUACGGUUGCUUACUUGCGGGAUACAGUGAGGCUGGAAAUGAAAUGGCAAUGCAAGUUUUUAAUGAAAUGAUCGUUAGGAGUUAUGUCAUUGGCACGGAGAGCUUCUCGGUUUUUGUCGAAAUGCUUUGCUCGAAAGGGAUGAUUGUGAAGGCAGAAAACUCCUUCGAGGACAUUUGUAGGACGUUCCCCGCUGUUGAAAGGGAUGGUUAUCGGAAAAUCUUAGAUGAGCAUCUGCAAACAACCCAAGGAUCAGGUAAAGAACACCGAGGAGAAGAGACUUAGUGACGAUGGAAACGCUAAAGGUUCAUUACU